AUGGCAUAUGUCCCUCCAAGCGAUCCAACCAUACUGCAAGUGAAUUCCUUUUCGGCGGAUGGAAAAGGCAGAAAGAAGAAGAAGAAGAUCUCAGAUAAGAAGAAACUGCAAAAGGCAGUAGACCAAGAGCAAGUGGAGUGGCAGACGUCCGAGCUGAACAAUGUGGCCUCCGGGAGUCUGUCUUUCAACCGCAGUGGAACACGAAGCUGGGGCAUUGAUCUCUUCAUGCGCUUGACUGCCUACGAUGACGUAGUGACAUGGCUGCGUGAGCUGCCUGAGCUGCCAGAGCUGCCAGGAGACAUCAGGGGAAAACCUCAUGAGGAGCACACCUUCGAAACUCACGACAGGACUUUGCGCAUUCUCAUUCUUCCGCUCUUUUACGGAGUGAUGUCAUGUCAGGGUGUGGUUCGUAUGUGGGGUAUCAGCGUGAACAACUCUGCGGACUCUCAUCAUUUCAAAUCGUUUGGCCUAAGAAAACAGUUUUUGCAAGACAGUUACGAUGCUUCCUUCUGGUUGGGUGAUUUGUACGAAUCCUAUGCACUCUUUACGUUUGGGUUGAUCGUGCUGGAAUACUUGAGCCAGCGGCUCCGCAGAGGAAUGCUGAACGCCCAUGAUAUGAUCAAGACCAACACGAUCCCAAAACCCGAUUCCUUUACUGAAAUGUCGGAUUCUUUCAGAGUCUUGCUCGGUCAGACCAAAGGUCUUACCAUUUUGGGCAUUAAACUGUUUUGCGCCACCUGUGCAGGGCAAGCCAUUUAUGGAGUGAGCUUGAACUGUGCAGCAUACUAUCACUUCAAAGAGAGCAUUUUUGGAACCGGUUGCCACACGCAGCAACCAGGCAUGCUCCAAACAGAGAAGGUUAGACAGAUGGUGCACUAUCUCUUCUAUGGGGCAGGCUUCAUCGCAUCAUUCGCUGCAAUCGGAAAUCUCGUUGAAGUGGAGAGGGGAUUUCGCGCGCAUUUGCACGAAUUUCGGCCAAUAUGGAAAUUCCUUGGUACAAAGAUUAUUGUGACCAUCGCAUUUCUGCAAUCAAUGGCCUUAGCUGCCUGUCCGCCCUUCUGCUGGUGGUCCUACACGCGGGCAAACCUUCUUUAUGCUUCUCUUUUAUGCAUAGAGUGCUUCCUCAUCAGUAUAUUGCACUUGUACGCUUGGUCUGCAGAUGAAUCCUGGUUCUCCGUGUACACGCCCUUGACUGAUGAGCGUCAUGUCGGAAUUUCGGCUCAGACCCGUUUACUGAACCCCUUGGGCAGUGCCGGAACCCUCACCGGCUCCACCCCGUGUAUUGCUAGCCAGAACCUCAGCAUUGAUGUCGAAGCGAGAGAUGCAUCGAACAAGCAACACGCCUCUGCUGCAAAGGAGCUUUACUUUGACGAUGAAGAACCCGGCGCCUCAGUCCUGCUCCAAACUUCUCUACUGUUGGAUCGUACACCGAUGAGUUCGCACCAGUCACUUGCAUCUGGAACGAUUCUGUUUGAUCCCAACGAUCAGACCUUUGAGGCAGCUGAGCAGAGGAAGUUCCGACUCUCUUUGGCAAUCUCGAGCGCAAUGUUGACCUUGGCUGUGAGCUGCCUGCUUUGUAGGAGAUGUGCCUUUGUUGACGAGCACGAGAAGAGGCACCAAACAGAUUGCUACGGGCUGUGCCCGUGCCUCGUGCGAGGCGACGUGCCAGAGUCGGACCUGCACUCCUGGGAGAUGAGUGGUAAAGACAUCUUUGGGAGUUGUCCUGGCUGCUUGCCCUUCCCACGAGAUCUCACUGCCCGGCAGUGGACCUGGCGCUUAGCAGAGAUUAACGUGUGGAUCCAGCUGGCAGCAACCGCAUAUGAGGUACAUAGGUGCUUGCUGCUACCUCGGGCUGUACUCAAAGAUUUGCAGUUGACCUUUGCUUGCGUCAUGUUGGCGGCCACUUUGAGCGCUGCGUGGUGGGUGCACAGAAGAGCGGUUGGCAUGCUGAUUCAGUAUGUCUUCUGUGCUAUGGUCACCAAGGCCCUGUAUGUUGCUGCUAAGUACGCAGUGAUGUCUGGCUUCAUCACGGCUUGCUCUUUGAAGCAGAUCAGCUUUGAAGGCUGCCAACCCAAAGGGACGCUGGCAACUUGCCUCUUGGACAACACCUGCACGCAGGCCAUGCUCGACAAGGUCAGCGGUUGUGAAGCCCCAGGGGUUGACACCUGUGCGUCCUUGCACUAUUCUUUUCCGGAGACCGGACAAGGCAUACGGGUUUUUAUACAUGAUAUCCUCGAUAUCCUCCUCUUCCUGUUUGGCAUUGUGCCUAGUCCUCAGAAAACUAUUUUGAAAAAUGAUCCAUUGAUUGCCUUUAUGAAAUCUGGAUUUUGA